UUCCCAGCAAGCUUCUUCGACACAUUUAUACCCCUGCCAGUUCCCCGCCUAUAUAUAAACCCUCAACUUUCAAUUCCCUUCUAAACGCUCUCCAAAAUGUCAAGCACAAAGUUCCACGUGAUGUGCAGUCUCUUCAACUGGAUGCAAAAAAGCAAAUCAUCUGCAAAAAAGCGCUCGAAAUUUCGAAAAUUCAUCGAUAAUUUCUGCAAACCUAGCGAUUAUUUCAGCGCAAUUAGGUUAAUUCUGCCUAGUUUGGAUCGCGAGCGUGGCUCGUACGGUCUCAAAGAGUCCGUGCUCGCCACCUGUUUGAUUGAUGCGCUGGGCAUAUCGAGAGAGUCGAGCGAUGCGAUUCGGCUUAUUAAUUGGCGAAAAGGCGGUGCGAAGACGGGUGCGAGUGCUGGUAAUUUCUCGCAAGUUGCUGCUGAGGUUUUACAACUCAGACAGGGAACAACUUCAGGAGAACUAACAAUUAAGGAGUUAAAUGACAUGCUUGAUCGCUUGGCCUCGAGCGAAAACAGAGCGGAGAAGACCUCUGUUCUUUCUGAGCUGAUCCAGAAAACAAAUGCCCAGGAAAUGAAGUGGAUUGUGAUGAUCAUUCUUAAAGAUCUAAAGUUGGGAACUAGUGAAAAAAGCAUCUUUCACGAGUUCCAUCCAGACGCUGAAGACUUGUUUAAUGUUACAUGUGACUUGAAACUAGUUUGUGAAAAAUUAAGUGACAGAAGUCAGAGACAUAAAAGACAGGACAUAGAAGUUGGUAAACCUGUACGCCCACAAUUGGCUUUAAGGGUCAGUAAUGCAGCCGGUGCUUGGAAAAAGCUCCAUGGGAAAGAAGUGGUUGUUGAAUGCAAAUUUGACGGAGAUCGUAUCCAAAUCCACAAGAAUGGAGAAGACAUACACUUUUUCUCUCGGAACUUUCUUGAUCAUCCAGAAUAUGGACAUGCAAUGUCAAAGAUUAUACAAAAAAAUGUUGUCACUGACAGGUGUAUACUUGACGGGGAAAUGCUGGUUUGGGACACAUCUACGAAUCGUUUUGCUGAAUUUGGUUCAAACCAGGAAAUAGCCAAGGCCGCAAAAGAGGGACUUGAAAAUGACAGACAGUUGUGCUAUGUUGCAUUUGAUAUACUAUAUGUAGGAGACACUAGUGUGAUCCAUCAAAGCUUGAAGGAGAGGCACGAACUUAUUCGGAAGGUUGUGAAGCCCAUAAAGGGUCGCUUGGAAAUUUUGGUUCCUAAUGGGAGUACUAAUGUUCAACGUCCUUCUGGGGAACCAUGUUGGUCUCGUAUUGCUUAUAGUGUUGAUGAUGUCGAAAGGUUUUUCAAAGAAAUUAUUGACAACAGAGACGAAGGGAUAGUAUUAAAGGAUUUGGCUUCCAAAUGGGAACCAAGUGAUCGGAGUAUAAAGUGGUUGAAAUUGAAGCCUGAAUACAUUAGAGCUGGCUCAGAUUUGGAUGUUCUUAUCAUAGGAGGAUAUUAUGGCUCUGGACGUCGUGGUGGUGAGGUUGCUCAAUUUCUGGUGGGCCUGGCAGAGCGUCCAACAACAAAUUCUUAUCCUAGAAGAUUCAUCUCGUUCUGCAGAGUAGGUACUGGACUGUCAGAUGAAGAGCUUGAUGCUGUCGUAACUAAAUUGAAGCCUUACUUCAGGAAAUAUGAGUACCCAAAGAAAGCUGCGCCAAGCUUUUAUCAAGUCACUAAUAACUCAAAGGAAAGGCCAGAUGUCUGGAUUGAUAGUCCUGAAAAAUCAAUUAUACUUUCAAUAAACAGUGAUAUUCGAACAAUUAGGUCUGAGGUAUUUUCUGCCCCAUAUAGCUUGAGAUUCCCACGUAUUGACCGUGUGAGAUAUGACAAGCCCUGGCAUGAAUGCCUUGAUGUACAGUCUUUUAUAGAAUUAGUACAUUCAAGCAAUGGCACCACUCAGAGGGAGGGGAACCAAGGAGUUUUAAUGGACGACAAACCUAAACGAACAAAAGCCAGAAAUGUAGAGAAAAACAAUGUUACUGUUGUUCCAUCUCAUUUCAUUCAAACCAAUGUUUCUGAUAUCAAGGGGGAGACAUUGAUAUUUUCAAGCAUGAUGUUUUACUUUGUCAAUUUGCCUCCGACCCAGUCGCUAGAUUCCUUGCACAGAUUGGUAGCUGAAAAUGGGGGCACUUCUUCUAUGAAUCUUAAUAACACUGUUACUCACUGUAUUGCUGCCGAAAGCAAAGGGAUCAAGUUUCAGGCAGCAAAACUUCGAGGAGAUGUUAUUCACUACUCUUGGCUCUUUGAUUGUUGUUCACAGAAGAAGCUCCUUCCUUUAAAACCAAAGUACUUCCUCCACCUUUCUGAACAAUCUAAGAAAUUGUUAGAGGAAGAGAUUGAUGAAUAUUCCGACUCGUACUUUUUGGAUCUGGACAUUGUAGACCUCAAACAGCUUUUAAAUAACGUUGAUAGAUUAGAAGAUUCGAAGUCUGUUGACUAUUACAAAAAGAAAUACUGCCCAAAGGAUAAAUGGUCUUGUUUUACUGGAUGCUGCAUAUAUUUUCACCUGUCAACUCAGUCUUUGAGGAAUCCAGUAUCGAAAGCUUUGCUGGAACUUGCACGAAGAAGGUUGAAGCUUGAAGUUUCCAUGGGUGGUGGGAAAGUAUGCAGCAGUCUUUCUCAAGCUACGCAUUUGGUUAUCCAGUCUCUACUCUUUGUUGAUGUGGGUAUAGCUGGUCCAUUAAAUAGCUUCUCAACCACAGAUGUGCAUCAUAUAUGUAACAAUAAAAUGCAUGUCGUUGGGUCUCAGUGGUUGGAGGAUUCUAUUGAGAGUAGCCAAAGACUAAGCGAGGAUACAUAUAGUAUAAAGCUGGAAGGAUUAGAAGAUCUAAAUGUUGGAGAGUGCAAAAGUGAACUCAAAAUUGAAGAUGAACGUGAUAUUGAUGAUGUUGGGAAGCAGAAUCUCUUGCAUUCUCCUGGUAAAGAUGAAAAACACAGAAAAACGGAAGCCGUUGCAGUCAGUUAUAGCUCAGAUGCACCGAGUAGGAAAAGAAGAGGAAGACCUGCUAGCACAAGUAGAAAAGAUAAGAAAACUGUUAAACGCCAGCCCAAGAGGUUAAGGGCGCGAGUUGGGAACAAACUAGCGAAAAUAUGUGAAAGCGAGUCAGAUGUUGACGUGUGUUUAGAAGAUACUGGGAAAGAGGAAGAGUCUAAAAUAGACUUAGAAAUGCAUGAAAUAGAUGAAAUGGCGGGCAGGAGGGAGCAUGUAAAUACUGUAGGUCCUGAUACAGUCAAAUACUCUGAAUCAUCACAAAGAGGCAAUGUCAUUGAGAAUAUGGAUAUAGAAGGCACUGAACGUAGUAAGUGGGUUGAUACUCUUCAUGGAACUGGUAUGGAGGAGAGGAAAAGUAUCGGUUCGAAUGAGCCUGAAAAGUUAGAGGUGAUGGUUGAUCCAGUCCAAAGCCUGUUGCUCGAUAUGAUCCCAAGUCUUGGGACGCAGACUAAUGCUGUUACCGAAAGUAAACCACAGCCACAGACUAAUGCUGUUACUGAAAGUAAACCACAGCCACAGACUAAUGCUGUUACUGAAAGUAAACCGCAGCCUUCAGAACCUAAUCAAGUGCCUACAAAAAAGAAGAAAGUUAGCUAUAAAGAUCUCGCAUAUAACCUCCUUGGGGAUUAGCAAACUAUCUUUUGAGAUCUGUCAUUGCUGAAGUAGAAAAGUUUGCUUUUGGACGAGGCAAAUGCAUCUUGCAGGCUAAAGAUUGGACUCACUUGUGUAGUGUAAAUAUACAUGUGUUCUUGUUUACUUGAAAUCUAAUAUAAGUGCUUAAUUGUUGUAUACUUAUCCUGUAAGAAAGAUUUGAAAGCUCCACUAACAUCCCAAUUAUGUGGUAUCGCGACUACCGUCAACUGGCAAGUCGAAAAACUGUGUUCUGAUCGAACUUUCUAUCCUGGUUUCAUAUUUAAGUGAA